AUGUAUGUUUGUUUGCAAGCAUGCAAAGAGGGGUUUAUGGUAGGAUGCAGACCAAUUCUAGGAUUUGAUGGUGCUCAUUUGAGGGGUCCUUAUCCUGGAAUACUGCUGACAACUGUAGGGAAAGAUGGAAAUAAUAACAUCUUUCUUGUAGCUUGGGAAGUUGUGGAGGUGGAAAAUGCUGACAGUUGGACUUGGUUUUUGGAGUUACUAAGGGCUGGCAUAGCAUCAGUGGCUGACUCUAUUACUUGGGUUCAUGAAGCAGAUGAUCUCACAUACGUGAGUGACAGGCAAAAGAGCAAUUUCAAGUUUAAGUUCCCUAGGACUGUGUACAAGGAACACUUCUGGAAAGCUGCAAGGUUAACCACAGAGCACCACUUCAAGCAACAUGUGAAAAACAUCAAAGAGUUGAGUCAUGAUGCAUUCAACUAUUUACAAGGUAUUUCAGCUGCACAUUGGUAUAGGCAUAAGUUCAGCACAUCAUCAAAGUCAGUAAUGCUCUUGAACAAUUGUUGUGAAAGCUUCAACAAUGUGUUAAGAGAAGCUAGAACAAAGCCUAUUCUACAGUUGAUGGAGUGGAUAGUGCACAGAGGUCUUCAGCAAGUGUUUAACAUGAGAGUCAAUCAAGCUAACCUGAUGGAAUUUGAGGUUGAUGACUCAAAAGACACUUAUGUAGUCAACCUGGAAAACAAGGCAUGUAGUUGCAAUAGAUGGACAUUGAUGGGAAUACCCUGUUGUCAUGCUCUUGCCUGCAUACAAAUGAGAAUACUAGACAUUGAGCCCUUCAUCCACCCUACUUAUCAUGUGGCAACAUAUACCAAGGCAUAUGCUCCAUCUUUUAAAGCAAUGCCUGAUCAUCAACAGUGGGAGGUCACACCAUAUCCUAAGCCUUUGCCACAUGCACAUAGAAAGUUACCAGGGAGGCCUUCUAGCAAGAAAAGAUAG